AUGCAAAGAUUUUGUUGGGAUCUUGUCAUCAAGCAGACAAAAGCGCCAUACCGGAGGGUCGUUUGGAGAGAUGAGUUCCAGCUUGUGGAAGGUAGGAGGUUAUGUUUGACAGGCGAUCUGCAUCACAACCUGUCGAAGAAGCUGAGGAGUAGUUCCGUAGAUGUUGAGUCGCCACCUGGGGACGAUGAACUGGAUGCUAAUGAAUCAAUAGAAGGGGAAGUGGAUAUAAAAGGAACUGAGCUGAUGGGGCACGAAAGCGAGAUUAUUACUUUUGCCGAAGCUAUAGAUGUUGUUUUGGAGGAAGAGGUACCUGAUGGAGAUGAAGACGAUCAGCCGUCAUUGUUGGAAAAGAGCGCAGAACGAAAAAGUUCACGAGGGAGGCUUCGUGAACACAAUCCUGGCUCUGCUCUUAUACCACGAGGUUGGACUGGAUUGAACCAUGAUUCGGAUGGACCAUGA